AUGAUCAUGAUGAUGCUUCUUCUGAUUCCCUUAACGGAUGAACAUCGAGGAGGAGCAGAGGCAGCCACUCCUCAAGUACGAUGUUCACGUUUCUCCUCUCAAUCCUUAAUAGCUGGUCUGCAAGGAAGCUAUUCCGGAGUUUCUCCAUACCCUUUAAAUUGCCCUCUUGGAUGUAAUUUGUAUAUAUUAUCCUCGAGUGCUUUGGGUUAUAAUGGACCUCUUGGAUCAUUGGGACCUUUGGGCCCGUUGGGACCAGUAGGAUGGAUGACCAAUUCCGCCUUUGUAUGGCUUGGAGGAACGUUCGGUGAUUUUCUUGCCUCAAUCCUUGGAAGCUCACAUGAUGGAAUUCUUUCGAAACUCAACAACCCAUUAUCGGAUGCUGGCCCAUUAGGGGAUUCGUUUUGGGAUGUGAUGCCAAAGAUUAAUGAUUUUACAAAACACAUGCAAGGUUUGGGUGUGUUCUCCGUGCUUGGUCCAAUCGGGCCAUUGGGAGCUUUAGGUCCACUUGGACCAUUGGGACCUCGAGGACCUCAUCUUCUUCAUGUGAACGACAAUGGAGAGUAUAUAGAUCCAUCGACGGGCCAAGUGGUAACCACAUUGACUGCGUAUUAUAAUAGUUCAAUGCAAGUGGUUUGGCCACUGUUUGAAAAGUAUACCAGCAAGGCAUUUGUCGAUAAAUUGAGUAGAAAGGGUCUUUUGGAUACAUCCUUUAUGGUCAGUUCCACUGCUGACUCUAACGGCGAUACCUAUGUGAUGACCAUUAAGGAACCUCAAUAUGUGACCAUUACAAUAACCCCUAUUUUGUGGGCCAAAAACUUUUUCGUGGAUGUUUAUAUUGAAAACAAGCUGAUUCACACCUCCGAUCAAAUGUUAUUCACUCCCUGGGUUCAAGUAUAUAUUUCGAAGAGUGACAUGACUGGCCCAGCGAUCAAGAUGAAAGUAGUCGUGAGAGUGGAUCCAUUCGAUUGUGGAUACUUGUUGGGUUGUGCCAUGGAUUACACAAUUACUGUGGUGGGUAGCACUGCAUUCAUGUUGAGAAGACCACACAUUUCAUACGCUGGUCCUUACUUGCAAAACUGUAAUUAG